AUGCCUGUGAGGAGAUCAAGAUCGUUGGCACUGAAGCAUCGGAUAUGGGCAUUUAUGGAUGAGGAAACCCACCUGCAUCUCACCACCGAGGCCACGUGGUUCACUGAUCCUGAGCUAUCCCAGUACAUCUUGAGUGGCACUGGUAUGCCUCUCCCUGCAGUCCAUGAAUCAGGAAGCCCUGGGGCCAUGGCAGCUACAGGCGCCUCCACUCCUCCCUCAAUGCCUGAUGGCCCCAGCUUGCCAAACACUAUUCCUAUGAACACCCAGGACCUGAUAACAGAGAACAGCUUUCAAGGCAUGGAUGCAGGUGCAUUGCAGCAGCCUAAUGCUGUUGACUGGGAAGAUGAGAAUGAAGAUGCUGAUGCUGAUGAUUAUGACUAUCAUUGCAUCAUUGGAAGAAUUGUGGAUGCAUUAGAAGCCAUAGAUUUAGAAUCUGCCUGA